AUGGACGCCUUGAACACGACGACGACGACGACGAUGACCAACGGCGUGGCCGCGGCGGCCGCCGUCGUCACCAAUGGCACCGCCAUGGCACACAAUGACGACGACCACCACGCUGCCACCACCACCACCACCACCACCACCGCCGCCGCCGAAGCACCAACCACCACCAUGCGCCCGUACACCUUGCCCGUCGACAAGCUGCGGCGGCGGCUGACGCGGCCCGGCAAGACGCCGCUCGUCCUCGUCGCCUGCGGCAGCUUCUCGCCCAUCACGGAGCUGCACGUGCAAAUGUUCGCCAUGGCCGGCCGCCACGUGGCGACCAGCCGCGGGCCGGCCGGCGCCUUCGAGGUGGUCGGCAGCUACCUGAGCCCCGUCAGCGACGCCUACAAGAAGCCGGCGCUCGCCCCCGCCCCCCACCGGCUCGCCAUGUGCGAGCUCGCCGCCGCGGACGCCGACGUCAUGGUCGACCCGUGGGAGGCGCUGCGCUGCGACGCCGCCACGCGCGAGCCCGUCUACACCAGCACCGUCGACGUCCUCCACCACGUCGACGCCGAGGUCAACCGCGACGGGGGCAUCGAGACGCCGGACGGCAUGGGCAAGGUGAGGGCGCGGGUGGCCUUGUUGAUGGGCGCGGACGUGGCGGCGACGAUGGGCGACGCGCGGUUGUGGCCCGUGGCGGACGUGGACGGCAUCCUGGGCCGCUACGGCGCGUUCGUGGUGGAGCGGCCGGCGCAGACGCGCACGGAGGAGGCGCUCGCGCCGCUGCGCCCGCGGUACGACGAGACGCUCUGGGUCGUGCAGGCGUUCGACAACGACGUCAGCUCGACCAAGAUCCGCGCGCAGCUGCGCAGCGGUGAGCGCGUGCUGGACCUGGCGCCGCGCGUGUACGAGUACAUCAAGACGCACGACCUGUACCACGAGGAGACGGGCCACGCCAAGACGAACGGGGUGGUGCAAUGA